UCUCGACAAAAGGCGCGAUGAGCCAGCCGCGAGUGCAGACGAGCGAUCUGGUCGCAGCAGCCACCGACGCCGCCGCCGCUCAUCUCGCCACAGCGACGACAGCAGCAGAAGCAGGAGCAGGAGCAGGAGCAGCCGCAGCCGCAGCCGGAGCUCCAGCGGGGAACGCAGCCGCAAUGCAAAGGCAGCAGCAGACAAUGGCGAUCACUCGUCGUCGUCCUCCUCCUCCUCCCGGUGGAGGCACGAUCGCCAUGCAGACCGCGAUGCGCGAGACUCGUCGUCCCGGAGCAGCUACCGCGAUGACCCGUCGCGCUCUGGCAGCGGUCGAGCCCGGCACAGCGAUCUGCAAUCCGCGACGUCGUCGUCGUCGUCGUCGCGUCGUGAUGAUGGCCAUCAUCACCAGGCACGACCGGCGCCUGCACCUGUGGUGGCCGAGCCGUCGCUGAACAAGCGCACGACAGACGUGACGCUGGCACCGACCGGCGGCGUGUACAUCCCGCCAGCGCGGUUGCGGAUGAUGCAGAGCCAGAUGCAGGACAAGAGCAGCGUCGAGUUCCAGCGCAUGUCUUGGGAGGCGCUGAAAAAGUCGCUGAACGGCAUUGUCAACAAGCUCAACACGGCCAACAUCCAGAACAUUCUGCCCGAGAUCUUCUCGGAAAACCUCGUGCGCGGGCGCGGUGUGCUGGCGCGAUCCUUCAUUCGCGCGCAGGCCGCGUCGCCCACAUUCACACCCGUCUAUGCUGCGCUCACAGCCAUCAUCAACACAAAGUUCCCUCAGGCCGGAGAGCUCAUUCUCAAGCGCCUCGUGCUGCAGUUCCGACGCGCCUUCCGACGCAACAACAAGCAGGCGUGCAUCUCGUCCACCCGCUUUAUCGCCCACCUGGUCAACCAGCAGGUUGCGUACGAAAUUCUCGCGUUGCAAGUGAUUACGCUGCUGCUCGAGCGACCCACCGAUGAUUCCGUCGAGAUUGCCACCACCUUUAUUCGCGAAUGUGGCGCCUUCCUCGCUGAAAACUCGCCUCGGGCGCUGGACGCUGCGUUUGAGCGUCUGCGAGCCAUUCUGCACGACGGCAACGUCUCGCUUCGCAUCCAGUACAUGCUCGAAGUCAUGUUUGCCCUUCGCAAGGACAACUUUAAGGACAACCCAAGCAUUCCGGAGGGUCUGAGUCUCGUUGAAGACGAAGACCAAAUCAUGCAUGUGAUUUCUCUCGACGACGAAGAGUUGAAUGCCGAGGAGCAGCUGGACAUCUUCCGUGCCGAUCCCAACUUCAUUGCAAACGAAGAAAAGUACAAGAAAAUCAAGGCAGAAAUUCUUGGAGAGGACGACGAUGAUGAGGAUGGUGACGACGAAGCCGAGAGCGAUGAUGAAGACGAGGAAAACGAUGCCGAGAACAUGCAGCAGCAGCAAUCGCAAGCGUCAGAGCAGGUGCAGACCGACGUCAGCAUUCUGGACCAGACCAGCGAAGAGGCCGUCAACCUUCGUCGUACCAUCUACCUGACAUUCAUGAGCAGCGCCAGCUUUGAAGAGUGUGCGCACAAGCUUCUUAAGAACACCAUUAAACCCGGCAUGGAGAUGAUUCUCGCGACAAUGGUUGUCGAAUGCUGCGGCCAAGAACGCUCCUUCAUUCGCUUCUACGCCGACUUGGCAGAACGUCUGUGUCGCUUGCGAGGUGCCUUCUGUGAAUCAUUUGAGACUUGCUUCCAGGAAUAUUACAACACAAUUCAUAGGUUUGAAACGAACAAAAUUCGCCACAUUGGCCGGCUUUUCGCGCACUUGCUCUACACGGACGCACUGCCCUGGACUGUGUUUGCGAACGUUCGCUUGACCGAAGAGGACACCACCUCUUCGAGUCGUAUCUUCUUGAAACAGCUGCUGCAAGAAUUGUCAGAUUAUAUCGGCUUGGCCAAGCUGAACGAGCGCUUCAAGAUGGAGGCCCUCCAACCGUACAUUGCUGGGCUCUUCCCCAAGGACAAUGCCAAGAACAUGCGCUUUGCCAUCAACUUUUUCGUUGGUAUUGGGCGAGGCGGUCUUGCAGACGAUCUUCGUCAUUACUACAACAACGCGCCAAAGAUGAUCAUGCAAGCAGUCCCAGACCCCGAGCCACAGGCUGCCGCCGCUGCUGUCAGCUCGUCGUCGGACUCGGACUCAUCGUCAUCGUCGUCGGGAUCGUCGAGCGGCUCUGAUUCGGACUCUGAUUCGGAUUCGUCGAGCGGAUCGUCUUCAGGGUCAUCAUCAUCAUCAUCCAGCUCGGGCUCCGGCUCGGACUCGGAGUCCAACCACGACCCGAGAUCUCGGUCGCGAUCCAAGCGCUCCGACUCUCGCGAGCGUCCCAGUGCUUCUUCGCGCUCGUCAGACCGGCGCCGCGACGACAGCCGCACUCGCAGCGAUUCACGGCGCGAAGACCGUCGUGAUGAUCGACGCGAAGAUCGACGCGAAGAUCGACGUGAUGACCGUCGUGAUGAUCGUCGUGACGAACGUUCGCGCAGCGACGCCCGACGCGACGAUCGCAGUGAUCGUCGAGAUGACCAAGGGCGCGAUUCUCGCCGAGAUGAUCGUAGCGAUCGUCGCGACGAACGUGACGGUCGACGAGACGAUCGGGAACGAAGCCACGACCAACGCCGUCGAGAUGACGACCGUCGAGGCGACCGGGAUGAGCGUCGCAGUGACCGAAAAGACGACCGUGACGGCGCUCGGGACGAAGGACGCCGAGCACGAGAAAAGGAUGACACUGAGUUGUCGACUCGCGAUUCCAAGCGAGGGCGUUACGAUGACGAUCGUUGAUCAUUGUGAGUUGUGUUGCUCUUUGUUACAGUCUAUCUCUGAGGCUCUUCAUGUUGUGCUUGGUGUCAUGUCACAAUACAUUUAUCUUUUGAGCA